AUGCUGCUCUGCCUCACCCUGAUUCUUCUGACAGGACUGUCUGUGUGUACUGCGGCAGGGGACUGCGGAGAGGAGCUGGCCCUCAGCGCUGAAGCAGGGCCCUGGGUAACUAUGACCCUGGAGCGGGACUCUGUGUCCAGCAUUCAUCUUCAACUUCAGGAGGUGAAGAGGGGCAAGGCAAGCCAGUUCUUUGGGCUGAUGGGGAAGCGGGUGGGAGGAAUAUCACCAGUCCAGCCAGUGAGAAGAACAGGGUAUCAGCAAGGACAAGUGAUCCAGGGCCUCUUGGCCAGGAGAGGACCAUCUGCAGGAGAGCUCUCCCCAGACCAAGAGGAGGUCCAUGGUCCCGAGUGA